AUGUCAGCUUCACUAAGUGAAUAUCGUGUAAUUUCUGGGAAAGGGGAUCAACUUUUCUCGAAAGGUUUGCUACGUCGCACCACGGUCGCCGCGUUGCAGAACGCUCUCUACGCUGCAGUGGGAAGGAUUCUAAUUGGUAUACUGAAACGCAUAGGAAAAGUGGGAUUACACUCGACUGUGUUUAAGCAGAUUGUAAAAGAAUUUUUUUCCCUUGAUCCUUUGAAAUGGGCAUCUAUUUUUGCUGGUCUGGCUUGCUUUCCGCUUUUAAAACAGAUUAUUCUUAAACUUGGUCGAUGUUGCCGCAUAACUGAGAAGGUUGCUGCUGCCGUUUCGGGUUCCGUUUGUGCCGUGCCUGUGCUUGUCAUGAACAAAGAGACCAGAACCGAUUUAUGUCUUUAUAUCUUUGUGCGAGCGUUAAACAGCUUUGCUGUGCGUCAUAUUAUACCACUUUUACCAGAGUCUUUACAACAAUUUCAAUACUAUGACAUUCUUGUGAUGUGCUUAAGUGCAUCUCAAAUUCUUUAUAGCGUCGUUUUUGCCCCUUUUUCAUUGCCCCCAUCAUAUCAGCAAUUUUUGUCGAAAGCAUCCAUGUUGGAUAACCGCCUGGUUAGGGGCCAUGCAGGUCUUGCAAGGUAUCAGCUAACCCCCGAAUUAGUAGAAUUAUGCAUAGAAAGGGGAGUGAAGAUUCCUCAGAGUCCGAGGGAGCAUUUUCGAAUUGGUUGUAUGCUCACUCAUCCAGGAAUGACAUGCAAUCACUUUUUUAUCUCAUUUAUCGGAAGGAACAUGAUUCAAGUAGGUUUACCACUUUAUAUUCCGCUGAAACUUGGUGUCAUUCUUCUUUACCAAAGGAAAGAACUAAGAAGACGACCAUUUAAGUUAAUACAAAAGACUUUUUUUUCUGUGCUUUCGAGCGCGCUUUUUUUGGCCCUUUAUUCAGCCAGCACUGUGCGUUUUGCGUGUGUUUUUGCACAGUGGAAUAUUCGUGGUGGUGUUUUUUUUGCUAUUUUCUGUUCACUUGCAGGUAUUGCAACUCUGCUUGAACCAAAAGGGAAGAGAAUGGAUUUGGCUCUGUAUUGUUUGAUGCAUGCCCUUCGAUCCUUUGUUAUGACACAGCAUCGUUUGGGGUGGAUACCGUAUCCCAAACACAUUUUAGUAUGUCUUCUUUAUAUGUUUUCUGUGGGGUAUCUUAUAUUCCAGUUUGAUCAGGAACCGGAUAAGCUUAAUCCUCGUCUGCGUGCCAUUUUUUCCAAAUUACUUCCAGUAGAAGAAGAGGAAAAGGCUGAGGUCAUUGUAAACCGCAUGGAAGAGUAG